AUGCUGCGCGCAGUGGGCGUUUCUACAGAGAAGCUCAAGUUUGUGUUGGGAAGCUCCUACCAGAGGAGCCCUGACUAUAUCUUGGAUAUGUACAGGCUUGGUUCGCUCAUAUCCGAACAUGAUGCGAAGCGAGCGGGUGCGGAGAUCGUCAACCGAACUGAUAAUGCUCCCUUGAGUGGUCUUCUUUACUCCGUUCUUCAGGUGCUAUAUGAACAGUACUUGGAUGUUGAUGUUCAGUUCGGAGGUCUGGACCAGCGCAAGCUGUUCAUCGCGGCGAAGGAGUGGUCGCCAAAGCUUGGAUAUAAACAGCGCGCUCAUAUCAUGAACCCGAUGGUUCCUGGUUUACAUGGCGGUAAAAUGAGCUCAAGCGAACCUGCUAAGGAAGUCGUGAGCAAGAAAAUCGAUAAUGCCAUUGCGAUACCCCAAGCUGUGGAGGUGAACGAAGGUCUGGCGUUUGCUGAGCAUGUUCUGCUGCCGGCGUCGAGCUCGCGAGGAACGUCGAAAAUUCCGCAUAGACCGGGAACAAGGUGGUUUUGGAGCCUCUGGUUUAUUCCUCGAUUGACCAGAUGCACGAUGAUUACCCGCAACGAUGUGUUGACCCUCCCGGCUUCUCAAACUAGCCGUCGCUAA